CGGUUGCCUAGCGACCAACGGAGGUGUCGCGUCAGCUAGCCUGCUAGCCGGUCGGCUAACACACGGAUUAUGUGGCUGAAAACAGCUCAUAAAUGGCACCGAAAAGAAGAGGAGCUCUGCAGCUUGUCCAGAGGGAAGUGGACGAAAUAAACAAACAGACUGACAGUCUGGUGAAGGAUGUGCAGAAUCAGGUUGGAUCCACUGAAGAAGCAUUUCAACGAUGUCAGGAACUGCAGAUGUCAUCAGAGGAGACACUAAAGAAACUGAAGGAACUUACAAAGGCUGAUGAACUGGCUCCGGUCGGGAAUUACGAUCAGAGAAAACAAGAAGAGGAGAGAAGGCUUCAAAACAUGUUGGAGCGUCUGAACUCGCUCUCUCUGGAGCUUUCACCGCCAGGACCCAGCUCUGCUGCAGGUAAUGUCUCAAAGGAAGAUAGUGAGGAUGGCACUGACGAAGAUGAUGACAGUGAUGACGAUGAUGAUGGUGAUACCGACGGCAACGAUGGUGAAGAUGAGAAGAGAGCAGUGAAGCCGUCUUCUCAGUCAGACCCUCGCAUCUACACGGUCCUCAGUGACUUCAAAGGGGAGCAGGAAGGAGACUUGUCUGUCCAGAGAGGGGAGGUGUUAAGGAUUAUCAGGAAGACAGCAGAUGGCUGGUGGCUGGUUCAGGACACUAAAGGCAGCAGAGGGCUGGUUCCAAGGACCUACCUGAAGAUUGGCUCUGGUGUCGAUGAUGACGAUGAGGAUGAAGAUGACAGUGAUGAUGAUAAUGAGGAGUCGGAGGAGGAAGAGGAGGAGGUUGAAGAACUAACUGAGGACCGAGACAAACGGAGAAUCAGCUCACACACCAACUGGUCCACUGUCCGAAAGGCUCUGACUGAGAUUGAUGCAACAGAUGUGCUGUCUGCCAUGGGGGCAAUUCCUUCAGGAUUCAGACCAUCAACUCUCAAUACACUGCUGGUGGAGGAAGGUGAAACAUACAGAGGAAGCCACUACAUUCAGCCUGAGCUCAGCCAAUCACAGCUCUCCUUUAAAGACCUCUUCCUGGACCCGGACACUGGCAGGGUUCGCCCUUGCCAGGUCAGGACUUGUGUUUGUUUCACUCUGUGGGGCUGCAGGAUGAUUCCUACCCCUGGGGUUGGAGUCCAGGUCCUCAGCAGACACAUCCGCCUCUGUGCCUUUGAUGGAGCUCAGGUGUUGAGUAACAUCCACACAGUGAGGGCAGCCUAUAACUCCAAGAGCCCCAAGACCUGGAGCUUCUCUCCAAGGAUGACAGGUAUCCUGCCCACCCUCCUGGACGGAGAGUGUUUCCUGCGCUGCGACUCUACGGAUCCUAACCUCGGCAUCCUCUUCGAACUAGGAGUCACUUUUAUACGAAAUUCUACAGGUGAGAGAGGAGACCUGAGCUGUGGCUGGGCUUUCCUCAAACUGACCGAUGACGCUGGAAAGCCACUCCCUAACAGGACCUAUGAGCUGCCAGUGAACGGUGGAACUCCCUAUGAGACGGACGUAGCCGUGGAGGCCUCAGCCACUAAAGGAUGUAAGAAGACACAGCAGACUCAAUACAUAGACCAGGAGUGUCAAACAACAGCUCCAGGUGGUGUUUUCCAGCAGAUGCUCCAGGCCAGACGGCAGCCCAAACUGAUCGUAAAGCUGAAAUCGACCAACAGCCGGACGAGAACGCAGCUCAGCCUCCUUCCAGACACUCUGCUGCACUCUCUGAGCUGUGUCCACCUGCUGGCUCUGCACAGGCAGCUGCUCGCUGACACACUGCUGAUGGACAGACCCACCAUGCAGGAUGCAGAUCUCAUAUGCAGUCCUAUACUUUCAACCUUUCCUGUGCUGUUGGACCAGACAGACCUGCUGGAUGCUCUCAGGAGCGCCUGGCUGGAGGCUGAGACCAGCAUGAGCAGAGCGCAGAAGAGAGACCUGUCGUAUCUGAAGCAGGAGUUUAUUAAAGUCUACAUGUCGUCCGUCUAUUUCCUCCUCCACUCGCCGUCGCUGCCCCGCCACCGCUGGGGGGAUCCGCCCUCGGAGGAGCAGCGAGCCAGAGUGGUCUACGCCACCCUGGAAACUCUGAAAAACCUGCAGCACUCCACCGGCCAAUCAGGACGUCCGGAGGUCUUUGUCGAACAAACACACUCACAUCUGGCGUUUGAUAUCUCAGAGCUGAGCUUUGACCUCCUCCGUGUUGCUCGGUAGACCAAACAUCACCUCUGCCAGGUCCACAGUGCCUUUUAGAUGAAGUAAUUAUCCCGAUGAUGUAAAACAUCAACACUGAUUUUGGUUUAAAAGAAGUUAAAUGUAAGUGUGCCAUAAAUACAUCUGGAUACGGCUGAUAAUAAUCUAUAUUUUUAUUAUUGUUAAUAAAUUCCAUGAAUAACCAUUGAUGUAAAGUCCAAAUCUGUCUUUUUCUGUGUGACAGAUCAUGAAAAUUUUCUUGAGGUUUUAAAAGCUGGACGCUGCAGAUGUUUGACACUCUCUGCAGUCGUGUGGCACAUUCAUGUGUUUUUGAUGGUUUUCUGACUACAGUGUUGAUCUGUGGUGCACAACAAUAAACUAAACUUCAUUUCAGACACACCA